ACAAUCUGCGACUCGUCGCCACAUUAGCCCACCCACUUCACGAAAUCUCUCCACUUCCCCCCACGCCCACGCGCCCCCACGCGCCUCUUCGCCUUCCUCCUCGCGCUCGGCGCGGCACGACGCCGGCGACUCGUCCGGCCUUGAAUGCCGGCUUCGUGACGGGGAAAAUGGAAUCCAUCGGCUUCCGCCACCGCGGAUCCCCCUCCGGCGAUCGCUUCCUCGGCGCCUUCUCUUUCUCCCCGACGCCCGGUCCCGCCGCGGGCGGCGACGAGCUCAACGAGGCCGAGGUCUGCUUCUCCGGCGACUUCCCCGAGCCGAGGGCCCGCCACCGCCCCGCGCUCUCCUCCGCCGACGCGGCCUUCUGGGGCGGGAGCGGGAGCGGCGGCAACCACCGCCACCUGCUCGCCCGGCAGCUCCAGGGCGACGGCAUCCUCGCCGCGCUGUCCGGAGGGGGGACGACCCCGCCCAACGUCCUGAUCCCCUCCAUCUCGUCGUCGUCCCCGUCGAAGCCGAUCCCGCCGUCGGUGCCGAGGAGGCACCAGGCCGCGGCGGCCGCCCAGGAGAGGGAGUACGCGCAGUCGGUGCCGUGCAGGAAGCUGCAGCAGUCGUCGGCGCCGAUGAAUGUCCCGGUCCCGCUGGCGGCGUUGUCGAAGCAGGGGAAGAACAGGUUCUUCGAGGUGGACAACGAUUUCGAGGACGACGAGAUGCUCCCGCCCCACGAGAUCGUGGCGAGGGGAUCGGGCACGUCGCCGAGGAGGACCUUCUCCGUGCUCGAAGGUGCUGGCAGGACCUUGAAGGGGAGGGAUCUGCGGCAGGUGAGGAAUGCCAUUUGGCGCCAAACUGGGUUCCUGGAUUGACGCCUUCGAAAUUGAAAUUGAAAUUGGAAUUGGAAUCCAGUCGUAUGUGGAGAUGAUGAUACUUUUUGUUGCCUUAGUCUUAUAGGCCUUGGUUUAUGAGGAGUAUGAUUUUGUUGAUAGAAAAAAAAAAUUGUCUUGUAAAGGGUUAGUGAAAAGGGUAAUUUAAUGGCGUAUGGCCAAUAUCUAUGUUGACUCUGUAACUUUCGGGUGGUGGAAAAACUUCGAUUUUAGCCAGUUCGGCGUGGUUUUUUCCUGAUGAUAGCAUUUAGCAUCAUUCAGUAUCAGGACAAGAUGUUGGCGGUAUAAUUUGGUGGAUCUCUGUUAAUAUUUGAGACCCAAAGUUCAAUGUUUCUUCAGACAAUUGGAUAGAAUAUUGCAUGCUGAGGAAUGUAAAGCAUGGUUCUUCAAGAUUA